CGGAACCGGAAGCCUCUGGGCGUGACGGGAGGGGUACGGCCUAAAAUCGAAAAAGCGCGGUGACAGCUGGAGGCUCUGGCGCAGUCGGCGGUGGUGACUGUGGAACAGGUGGUGGUCGGAGGCAGGUCGGGAUGGACUCCACUGCCUCCUUGAAGUCCUUGCUCCUGAGCAUCAGUCAGUACAAAGCCGUUAAGUCGGAGGCGAGCGCCACGCAGCUUUUGAGGCACUUGGAAGUAAUUUCUGGACAAAAGCUCACACGACUGUUUACAUCAAAUCAGAUAUUGCCGAGUGAAUGCAUAAAUUGCCUUGUAGAACUACUUGAAGACCCAAACAUAAUUGCUUCCCUGAUCUUAAGUAUUACCAAUUUGCUGUCUCAACUAGCUGUAGACAAUGAAACCAGAGACUGUCUUCAGAAUAUAUACAAUCUGAAUAGUGUGCUGGCAGGAGUGGUUUGUCGGAGCAGCACUUUCAAUAAUGAUUCAGUGUUGUUACAGUGCAUCCAACUCUUGCAGAAGUUAACUUAUAAUGUCAAGAUAUUCCAUUCUGGUGUCAAUAUAGAUGACCUAAUUACAUUCCUGAUUGCUCAUAUCCAGUCUUCUGAAAAUGAGUUAACAAUGCCUUGUCUGGGAUUACUGGCAAAUCUUUGUCGGCAGAAUCUUUCUGUUCAAACACACAUAAAGACUUUGAGUAAUGUGAAAUCCUUUUAUCGAACUCUCAUAAGCUUCCUAGCACAUAGUAGUUUGACUGUGGUUGUGUUUGCACUUUCAAUAUUAUCCAGCUUGACACUAAAUGAAGAGGUGGGGGAAAAGUUAUUCCAUGCUCGAAACAUUCACCAAACUUUCCAACUAAUAUUUAAUAUUCUUAUAAAUGGUGAUGGUACCCUAACAAGAAAGUAUUCAGUUGACCUAUUCAUGGAUCUCCUUAAGAAUCCUAAAAUUGCUGACCAUCUUACCAGGUAUGAGCACUUUUCUUCAUGUCUUAAUCAAGUACUAGGUCUUCUAAAUGGAAAAGACCCUGAUUCUUCAUCAAAGGUUUUAGAAUUACUUCUUGCAUUCUGCUCAGUGACUCAGCUGCGUCAUGUGUUCACUCAGAUGAUGUUUGAACAGUCUUCAUCUGGCAACACCAUUCCAGGAAGCCGUCGUAAGUGCUUAGAACCCACUGUGGCUCUACUUCGUUGGUUAAGCCAACCUUUGGAUGGAUCUGAAAGCUGUUCUCUUUUAGCAUUGGAGUUGUUCAAGGAAAUAUUUGAGGACAUCAUAGAUACUGGGAACUGUGUCUCAGCUGACCGUUUUGUGACUCUUCUGCUGCCUACAAUCCUUGAUCAGCUUCAGUUCACAGAACAAAAUCUGGAUGAGGCCUUUCUAAGGAAAAAAUGUGAAAGGAUGAUUAAAGCCACUGAAGUUUUAUUAACUCUAUGUGGAGAUGACACUUUGAAAAUGCAUAUUGUAAAAGUAUUGACUACUAUAAAGUGUACCACACUAAUAGAACAACAGUUUACAUAUGGCAAGAUUGAUUUGGGGUUUGGAACAAAGGUAGCAGAUUCUGAAUUAUGCAAACUUGCUGCUGAUGUAAUUUUGAAAACUCUUGAUUUGAUGAACAAACUUAAACAGUUGGUUCCAGGUAUGGAAGUAAGCUUCUACAAAAUCCUUCAGGAUCCACGUUUGGUUACUCCUUUGGCAUUUGCUUUAACAUCAGAUAAUAGAGAACAGGUACAGUCUGGACUGGGAAUAUUGUUGGAAGCUGCUCCACUGCCAGAUUUUCCUGCUUUAGUACUUGGAGAAAGUAUAGCUGCAAACAAUGUAUACAGACAGCAAGAAACCAAACAUCUGCCCCAGAAAAUGCCUUCACAAUCAUUAAGUCACAAUUUUCCAACAUCAAUAAAGUGCUUAACUCCUCCUCUUUCAAAAGAUAAUGUUCCUGGAUUAAACAUUGAGGAGCUGAUAGAGAAACUGCAGUCUGGAGUGAUGGUAAAGGAUCAGAUUAAUGAUGUAAGAAUGUCUGACAUAAUGGAUGUUUAUGAGAUGAAACUCGCCACAUUAGCCUCAAAAGAGAGCAGAUUACAAGAUCUCUUAGAAGCAAAAGCUCUAGCUCUUGCACAGGCUGACAGACUGAUUGCUCAGUAUCGCUGUCAGAGAACUCAAGCAGAGACAGAGGCACGGACACUUGCGGGUAUGUUAAGAGAAGUUGAGAGAAAAAAUGAAGAGCUUAGUCUGUUGCUGAAGUCACAACAGCUUGAGUCGGAAAGAGCACAGAAUGAUAUUGAGCAGCUCUUUCAACAUAGUAGGAAGCUAGAGUCUGUGGCUGAAGAACAUGAAAUACUGACAAAGUCCUACAUGGAACUUGUUCAGAGAAAUGAAACUACUGAAAAAAAGAAUAAUGACUUACAGAUUACAUGUGAUUCACUGAAUAAGCAAAUUGAGACAGUGAAAAAGUUGAAUGAGUCACUCAAGCAACAAAAUGAAAGAACUAUUGCUCAAUUGAUAGAGAAAGAAGAACAGAGAAAAGAAGUCCAGAACCAGUUAGUAGACAGAGAAUGUAAAUUAACAAAUUUGCAUCAAAAAUUAAAAGCUCAAGAAGAAAAAAUUAAUGUUUUACAAAAGGAAAAGGAAGAUAAGCAAGAAGCCAUUGAUAUCCUUAGAAAAGAAUUAAGCAGAACAGAACAGAUAAGAAAAGAGCUGAGCAUUAAGGCUUCCUCCCUAGAGGUUCAGAAGGCUCAAUUGGAAGGUCGUUUGGAAGAGAAAGAGUCUUUGGUGAAACUUCAGCAAGAGGAGCUGAACAAACAUUCCCACAUGAUAGCGAUGAUCCACAGUUUAAGUGGUGGAAAAAUAAAUCCAGAAACUGUGAAUCUCAGUAUUUAGACGUUAUGUCUUUUGAGAAUUUGAAAUUCAUUACUUUCUGAUGUAUUUAUAUAUUGCAGGUGGUCGUAAAUGGAGAUAUUUGUGACUCCAAAACAAUUAUCAUUUGUUUGAUAUCUAAUUAUUAAUUUAGUAAAGAUCCUAAUUUGAUACAUGUUUUAUUUGGUCUUUGGAAAAGAAUUUUCUUUUUCACUUUUAUGGUUUUGGCUUUUCUAAUAUUCCCUCUUAUAUGUCUAAUAUAUUCUUAUUUGUGAUUUCAAUCAUGAGUUGCUCAGUGACUAAGAGACAUUUUCAUAAAUGCAUUUUUAAGUGCUUUAUUUGUUAACGUCGUAGAAUGGACACACAAAAAUUAAGAGGGGUAAAAUGUCACUAGGCAAUGUCAUCUUAUAGGACCCCUAUGAUAAACAUGGCCUGUCAUUGAAAUGUUAUCCUAUCACAUAACGCAUAAGACUGUAUUUGGAUUUUUAAAUCGCGCAUUCUUCUUGAAGGUUAAUAAAUUGUAAACAGCAAAAAAAUGAUAUGAUACUAUAGAAAUUUUUCCCUAAAUUUAAAAUACUGAAUUUAAAGUACUUUUUCUUAUUGCAUUUAAAAUGCAGUAAUGGCUAGCCUAAAUUCUAAAUUUGAAAACAGUGUAGUAGUCAUCAGAAUUAAUGUAUAAAAAUUAGGAAGCAGCUAUCAUGUUAAAUUAUUACAGAGUCUCUUAAUAAUUUUUGAGUUAUUUAAAACUUUAAUUUUUUUCUUUAAAUACUUUGUUUUUGAGAUAAUUUUUCAUAUUUUAGGCUGGCCUCAAAGUCUCUCUUUUUGCUUUUUUUUUUGUUGUUGUUGUUAACUUUUUGAGGCAAAGUUACACUCUAUAACCUAUGCUGACCUAGAACUCACUACGUAGUCUGCCUAUUUUGAACUCAGCAAUCUCCUACUUCCUCUUUCUAAGUACCCUGGUAUUACAGACAGGAGCCACAGAAUUAAAUAAUUUUAAUUUCUGUUCUAGCUACAUAUUCAGAAAUAUGUUAUUAACUAUAUAUAUAAUACAUAUUUAAUGUUUAGUUUUUAAUUGAUCCAUUUAGUUUUAAAGCAAAGUUAUAAAUAUCCUGGGGCUGGAUGCCUCAGUGGUUAAGAACCCUGGUUGUUCUUAUAGAAGACCCAGGUUUGAAUCCCAGCACCCACAUGGCAGCUAACAACUCUCUGUAACACCAGUCCCAGGGGAUCUGACAGACUCUUCUGACCUCCACGAGCAUUGCACGACAUGGGUGCACUUACCUCCAUGCAGGUAAUACACUCAUACACAUAAAAAUAUAAGUAAAUUUUUUUUAAGUUAUAAAUAUCCUUAUACAUGUAUUUCUUUCACACUAGAGAACUCUUAGUACUUUUCAUUUGAGUCAAAUGUGCUAAGUCGUGGUGGCUGGUCAUGGUGGCACACAUCUUUAAUCCAGCACUCAGGAGACACUCUGUGAGAUAAGAGUUCAGCCUGGUCUACAUAGUGAGUUCUAGGCCAGCUGGGGCUACAGGAAGACCCUGUUGUCCAAAAAAGAUCUAAGUGUGAUGUACUUAAGCAAAUAUUUUACAUGGAUAUUUUGAUACAUUGUCAUACUAUUAGUGCAUUCUGUACUGUAUCUCUGAUUUAACUGAAUUUAGUUUUGCUUCUAUUUUUAUAUCAUAAAAUAUAUGAAUUUAUGUUUAGAUAUAAUCAUAUUUUUGCAUUUUAAUAAUUAAGGAAUAUAAAGCUAUAGUGGUAUUUUCUGUAUUUAUUUUUUCCCAGUUCUAGAUUUUUUUUUUUUUGAGUGCUGGACUUAAAGGCAUGUACCACCCCACUGUCACAGUGCUAGAAUUUCUUUAAAUUCUUAAGUUCUUAGGAAAUUUUGUGCAUUUUUUUCUAAAUUAGUAUGUAAAAGUUAUUUAAAUGAAUAAAUGUAACUGGAGAACAAAAGCUCUGUAAAUGAAAAGAACAAAAAGAAAUAAUGUAUGAACCAAAGGUUUUAGAAAAAUUAAAACUAUACAGUGUGCCUAGGCACAGAGCAUAACCCCAUGCCACAUCACUGCAUGAUUACAGUGUCCUAUCUAAUCUUAUAACCAUUAGUUAUCUGUGGCUGUGGAGCACUUGAAAUGUGGCCUGUUCAGCUGAAGAACUGGAUUUUUUAAUUUGUUUUAAUAGCUAUUACAUUGGGCAUUUUAACAUUGCCAUAUAACAACAUGGCAAACAAAUGUGUUUGGUACUUCCAUAGCUAUCUUGGGUCACAUGCUACCCAAGGAUCCCAGGUUGGAUAUACCUGACAGCUCUUUUUUAUGAGUUUACCUUCAUUUAAAGAACUGUUUGCCUUUUUUAAAAUAACAUUUUUUAUUGAAUUUUUGCAUAUUUGCCUUUUUUAAGGAUCUGUACAACAGAGACAGUAGCCCCAAUUUAUCAGUGAUACUGCUUUCGGCAGUUUUGCUUACAAUGGUAGACAUUAGUCUGAAAAUUAGAAUCAUAAUUCAUAAGUUUUAAGUUGCACAUGAUUCUGAGUGUGGUAGGGUAUUGUAUCAUCCUGCUUUAUUUUGGGUCAUGAAUCAUCUGCUAUUUGGCCACACUAGUCAACAUAUUUAUAAAGAUCUUGUUCUCGGUAUUGUAAUGCUAUAUUCAAGAAACUCUUUUACAGUACUUAAUAGCAGCCCCAAACACGCAAAAGUAGUAAAAUUUUCUCACAUAAUUUCAAGAAAUAGGAUGAGUACAAUAUUUUGAGAUCAAGACUAUCAUUAAAAAAUUUAUUGCAUCUUUUUAUAAUCAUUCUGAGUUUAUUAUUAUUAUUGCCCACUGUUAUUCUCUUGCAUUUAUAAUCUAUAAGUUACUAAACUUUAUAGCCAGGCACAGUGGUAUGUGCCUAUUACCCUGGUACUUUGGAAGCAGAGGCAGGUAAGUGAGAAUUGUAUGUCAAUUGAGCUACACAGUGAAGUCCUGGCUAGUUUGGAUUACAUAGGGAUGAAACCACUGGCGGGGGGCGAUUAUGGCAGUUGAUUAAAUUUUAUAACAGAUAUAGGAAAAAGUUAAUGCCUGCAGGAAUUAGUCCUUACUAUCUCUGGUGUCAGUCAUCUGUGGGAGAUUUGGAAUACAUUGUCUUGAGAUGAGGGGAUGGGCUACUAUACUCCAUGUAUAUUGCCAGGAACCUUUUUAAAAGACACAGUCAUUUUAACCUAUUUCUAAUUUUUUGUCUCUGGAGGCCAAAAAUAUCAUACUUCAACUUUAAAGGUGAGUACUAAUUAAUCACUGUGCUUCACCACUUUUAUUUAUUGUAGCACAUUUCUUAUCGUUCCUGUUGUACUUUUAUAUAGCCCGUAGUAUACUGGUGCCUUUCUAGUUGUGUUUCUUGUUUCUUUAUUUGAUUUUUUUGUUUCUGGUUCUAUGUACCUCAAAUUUUAAAAGCAAAAUUUCUAUCUAAAUUUUUUUUUAUUUUCUAAAAAGUUUUUGAUUAAGUAUAGACUGUUAAACUGUGGUCAAAGUUUUAGAAAUGAUUGUUAUGCUUAUAUGAUUUCCCAGUGGAAAAAAUAGAUCUUAUAAAAUGCAUCACUGGAAUUACUCAAAUAUGCUUAAACUUUUUGUGGGACAAGGUUAUUUCUAAAAUAUACACACUACAUAAUUCCUUUUAUCUUUUAUACUUAACACUUGAACAAAUGGUAUUCUCUUAAAUUUUGGUUGAUUAAAGUUUAUACUGAACUGUUUAUUUAGUACCAGUAUAAAAAGGUAA